AUGCCGACAAGCGUGGUCUUCUCUCUCUGGUUACUCUGUAUCGCAACCUGUCUCGCCGGGAAAAGCACUGUUUUUGCGGAUUCGGACAAAUCGGUGCUGCUUCGUUUUAAGGAAACGGUAUCCGACCCUGGUUCGAUUCUCGCUAGCUGGGUCAAGGAGAGCGAAGACUACUGCUCCUGGUAUGGGGUAUCUUGCGAUUCGACAUCCCGAGUCAUGGCUCUUAACAUCAGCGGCUCUGGAAGCGAUAAAGGGAGCUCGAACCGUUUCAGUUGCGGUGAUAUCGGUAAGUUUCCGCUGUAUGGGUUUGGUAUUCGAAGGGAUUGCGCCGGAAAUCGUGGAGCUUUGGCGGGGAAUCUGCCUUCUGUCAUCGUGGGUCUCACAGAGCUUAGGGUUCUGUCUCUGCCCUUCAAUUCGUUCGGCGGAGAGAUUCCUGUUGGAAUCUGGGGAAUGGAGAAGCUGGAAGUUCUUGAUCUGGAAGGGAAUUUGAUGACCGGGUCAUUACCUCUUCACUUCACUGGGUUACGGAAUUUACGGGUCAUGAAUCUAGGGUUUAACCGAAUUUCAGGUGAAAUCCCCAAGUCUCUGCAGAAUCUGUCCAAGCUGGAGAUUUUGAACUUAGGUGGUAACAAGUUGAACGGAACUGUUCCUGGCCUCGUCGGGAGAUUCAGAGUGGUCCACUUGCCUUUAAACUGGCUUCAAGGCACUCUGCCUAAAGAUAUCGGGGAUAACUGUGGAAAGCUUGAGCAUUUGGAUCUGUCUGGUAAUUUCUUCACCGGAAGGAUUCCAGAGAGCCUGGGGAAUUGUCGUGCUUUAAAGUCACUGUUGUUGUAUAUGAAUACGUUGGAGGAGACUAUCCCUUCAGAGUUUGGGAAUCUUGGGGAGCUCGAGGUUUUGGAUGUUUCGAGGAACACUCUUAGUGGCCCAUUGCCCCCAGAGCUCGGGAACUGCUCUUCGUUGUCUGUUCUCGUGCUGUCGAAUCUGUACAACGUGUAUGAAGACAUUGACAGCAUCAGAGGGGGAUCAGAUGUGCCUCCAGGCGCUGAUUUAACCUCGAUGACGGAGGAUUUCAAUUUCUAUCAAGGAGGGAUUCCGGAGGAAAUCACCAGGCUUCCGAAGCUAAAGGUUCUUUGGGUGCCGAGAGCUACUUUAGAAGGGAGGUUUCCAGGAGAUUGGGGUUCUUGUCAAAGCUUGGAGAUGGUUAAUUUGGGCCAGAACUUCUUUAAAGGCGAGAUUCCUGUGGGUCUUAGCAAAUGCAAGAACCUUCGUCUUCUUGAUUUGAGCUUGAAUAUGCUUACCGGAGAGCUUUUCAAAGAGAUAUCGGUUCCCUGCAUGAGUGUCUUUGACGUUGGUGGAAACAGCUUAUCGGGUCUCAUCCCUGAGUUUCUCACCAAUACCACAACCCAUUGUCCUCCUGUUGUUUACUUUGACGGCUUCUCUGCCGAAUCUUAUAGCAACGACCCUUCGUCUGUUUACAUCUCCUUUUUCACCGAGAAGGCUCAGGUUGGAGCUUCCCUGACUGCUUUUGGAGGUGAUGGAGGUCCGGCUGUGUUUCAUAACUUCGCAGACAACAACUUCACUGGGACUCUCAAGUCCAUACCACUUGCAAAGGAGCGGCUGGGAAAGCGAGUCUCUUACAUAUAUUCCGGUGGAGGGAAUCGGUUGUACGGGCAGUUCCCUGGGAAUCUGUUUGAUAGCUGCGACGAACUGAAAGCUGUUUAUGUCAAUGUAAGCUUCAACAGGCUCUCAGGUCGGAUUCCUGAAGGACUCAACAACAUGUGCCCUUGUCUUAAGAUUCUUGAUGCUUCGUUGAAUCAGAUCUUGGGCCCAAUCCCGUCGAGCCUCGGGGAUCUAGCUUCGCUUGUUGCCCUUAAUCUGAGCUGGAAUCAGUUGCAGGGUCAGAUACCGGAGAGCCUCGGGAAGAAGAUGAAGGCUCUGACGUUUCUUUCGAUUGCGAAUAAUAACCUCACGGGUCAGAUUCCUCAGGGUUUUGGUCAGUUGCAUUCCCUGGAAGCUCUUGAUCUCUCUUCGAAUUAUCUAUCCGGCGGCAUCCCUCAUGAUCUCGUCAGCUUGAAGAACCUCACCGUGCUGCUUCUCAACAACAACAACCUCUCCGGCCAAAUCCCGUCGGGUUUCUCCACUUUCGCGGUUUUCAACGUCUCCCUGAACAACCUGUCGGGUCCGGUUCCUCCAACCAACGGAUUGACGAAAUGCAGCCGCGCUCUCGGGAACCCGUAUCUCCGGCCUUGCCAUGUGUUUUCUCUGACAACACCGUCUUCGGAUUCCCGAGGCCCUACGGGAGAUUCGAUCACGCAGGACUACGCAUCUUCCCCUGCUGAAAACGCCCCAUCUCCGCCUUCUGGAAAAGACGGAUUCAACUCGCUGGAGAUUGCUUCCAUCGCGUCCGCUUCUGCGAUUGUCUCGGUUCUCAUCGCUCUUGUGAUUCUCUUCUUCUACACGAGGAAAUGGCACCCGAAAUCCAAGAUCAUGGCCACCACCAAACGGGAAGUCACUAUGUUCAUGGACAUCGGAGUUGCUAUAACCUUCGACAACGUCGUUAGAGCCACGGGGAACUUCAACGCGAGCAAUCUGAUCGGUAACGGCGGAUUCGGAGCGACCUACAAAGCGGAAAUCUCUCAGGACGUGGUCGUCGCCAUCAAACGCCUCUCGAUUGGACGGUUUCAAGGCGUCCAACAGUUCCACGCGGAGAUCAAAACUCUCGGGAGGCUUCGACACCCGAACCUUGUGACCCUCAUCGGUUACCACGCGAGCGAAACCGAGAUGUUCUUGGUUUACAAUUACCUCCCAGGAGGCAACCUCGAGAAGUUCAUCCAAGAGCGAUCCACAAGAGCUGUAGAUUGGAGAGUGCUUCACAAGAUCGCUCUCGACAUAGCUCGAGCUCUCGCUUACCUCCACGACCAGUGCGUCCCACGGGUUCUUCACCGGGAUGUCAAACCCAGCAACAUCCUCUUGGACGACGAUCACAACGCCUACCUAUCGGAUUUCGGGUUAGCGAGAUUGCUCGGGACGUCGGAGACGCACGCAACAACGGGUGUGGCGGGUACGUUCGGGUACGUAGCGCCCGAGUAUGCCAUGACUUGCCGGGUUUCGGAUAAAGCGGAUGUUUACAGCUACGGAGUGGUGCUUCUCGAGCUGCUUUCGGACAAGAAAGCGCUUGAUCCGUCGUUUGUCUCGUACGGCAACGGUUUCAACAUUGUGCAAUGGGCUUGUAUGCUGUUGAGACAAGGGCGGGCGAAGGAGUUCUUCACGGCGGGUUUAUGGGACGCCGGUCCGCACGAUGAUCUCGUCGAGGUUCUGCAUCUAGCGGUUGUUUGUACGGUGGAUUCUCUAUCUACGAGGCCGACAAUGAAGCAAGUUGUACGGCGGUUGAAGCAGCUUCAGCCUCCCUCGUGUUAG